CCCGGCCGCCGCGGCUCCCGUAACGGGCUGGGGCGGUGGCCGCUGCGCUCCGCCUUCCUGGCCCCGCCCCCGGCUCCAUCUUGCUGGCGACCAGUGUUGGGCUGUAACGCUGCUCCCCCGGGUCAGAAUGUCAUACCCAGGCUAUCCCCCAACAGGCUACCCACCUUUCCCUGGAUAUCCUCCUGCAGGUCAGGAGUCAACUUUUCCCCCUCCGGGUCAGUAUCCUUAUCCUACUGGCUUUCCUCCAGUGGGAGGAGGUGCCUACCCACCAGCCCCAAGUAGUGGCUACCCAGGAGCUGGAGGCUACCCUGCCACUGCAGGCUAUCCAACCGCUGGAGGCUAUCCUGGUGCCCCACCACCAGGGGGAGCUCCAUCCUAUCCUGGAGUUCCUCCAGGCCAAGGGUUUGGAGCCCCCCCACCAGGUGGAGCAGGCUUUUCCAGCUAUCCACAGCCACCCUCACAGUCUUACGGUAGUGGUCUACCACAGGUCCCACUACCUGGUGGCUUUCCUGGAGGACAGGUGCCUUCUCAAUAUCCUGGAGGACAAGGUCCUUACCCAAGUCAGAUCAAUACAGAAUCUUUUCCUUCCUAUCCUGUUUUCUCUCCUGUUUCUUUGGAUUAUAACACUGAACCUGCCGCAAUGACUCAGGGAGUUCAAGGAACAAUCCGACCAGCUGCCAACUUUGAUGCCAUGAGAGAUGCAGAAGUUCUUCGGAAAGCGAUGAAGGGUUUUGGGACAGACGAGCAGGCAAUUGUGAAUAUUGUGGCCAACCGUUCCAAUGAUCAGAGGCAAAAAAUUAAAGCAGCUUUUAAGACCAUGUAUGGCAAGGAUUUAAUCAAAGACCUCAAAUCAGAGUUAAGUGGAAAUAUGGAAGAACUGAUCCUUGCCCUAUUCAUGCCACCUACAUAUUAUGAUGCCUGGAGUUUACGGAAUGCAAUGAAGGGAGCAGGAACUCAGGAACGUGUAUUGAUUGAAAUUUUGUGCACAAGAACAAAUCAGGAAAUCCGAGAAAUUGUCAGAUGUUAUCAAUCAGAAUUUGGACGAGACCUUGAAAAGGACGUUAGAUCAGAUACAUCAGGACAUUUUGAACGUUUACUUGUAUCCAUGUGCCAAGGAAAUCGUGAUGAGAAUCAGAAUGUUAACCACCAGCUGGCUCAGGAAGAUGCUCAACGUCUCUAUCAAGCUGGUGAGGGGAGACUAGGGACAGAUGAAUCUUGCUUUAACAUGAUUCUUGCCACAAGAAGCUUUCCUCAGCUGAAAGCUACCAUGGAGGCUUAUUCCAGGGUGGCUAAUCGAGAUUUACUAAGUAGUGUUGCCCGUGAAUUUUCCGGAAAUGUUGAAAGUGGUUUGAAGACCAUCUUGCAGUGUGCCCUGAACCGCCCUGCCUUCUUUGCUGAGAGGCUCUACUAUUCUAUGAAAGGUGCCGGCACAGAUGACUCCACCCUGGUCAGGAUUGUGGUCACUCGAAGUGAGAUUGAUCUUGUACAAAUAAAACAGAUGUUCAAACAGAUGUAUCAGAAGACCCUGAGCACAAUGAUUGUAAGUGACACAAGUGGAGAUUACCGAAGGCUUCUGCUGGCCAUUGUGGGCCAGUAGGAGGGAUUUUUAAAUAAAUGAAGCUCUUCACAGCAUAUCCUUCAAAGCAGUGGCUGACCUGCAUGCAGCAAUAUCAACCAUCACCAAACCAAAAGAGCUUUUUACUAAGGAUUGUGUCAGGGUAUUGUGCUUGGUUUGCACAUGUGGUUAUUGCCUUAAUUCCAAUGUUAUUUUUUUCUCUAUAUACAAUCAACGUGAAGCCAUAUCACGAUGAUGUAGUAUUAACGCGAUAUUUGUAAGGCAUAAUUCUCACUGUUCUUACUCUAAUCAGGGUCCCAAAUUGAAUAAAAAUCACAGCAAUCUCUAA